CGUAACAGCCCUGCGUAACUCAAUAUCAACAAACGAAACACGCGGAAGGCUCUAGAUUGGGCUGAAAUUUGAUUUGAUUUGAAAAUGGUAGCGACAAAAGUUAAGAAUAACGCAAAUGUUAAGCAAAAGAAAUCCAAAACCGAUACCGAUAUAGCAGCGCUUAAAUCGAGUGGCUGGCAAAAGGUAAAAAUUAAGGGCCAUGUGAUAUCUAACGACUUUACCGGUUACGAAGGGAUGAUCGGCCUGGAAGUUCUCAAAGAUUACGAUCCAGCGCUGGUAAAGUCGACUCAGAAACAGAGCACCGAAGGUAGAUAUGAAAAGAGUAACCGACGGAAGCGAUCCAAAUCAGCAAAUGAUUCUGAGGAGUCGUCUAGCGAAGAGGAAGACAGCGACGAUGAUACUGAAGAUGAGGCAGCAACCAAGAAGUCCAGUAAAAAGAAAGCUCUGCUGGCCGAACGACAUGCACUGAGACUUCAGAAACAUCGGGAGAAGCGUGAAAAACGUAAGGAAGAUCGAAAACAAAAGAAAUCGGCACCCUCUACAAAGCAGGCCAAACAAAUCAAGCCACAAUUCACGCCAAACGAAGGCUAUGCUCCAGAUCGUUUUGCGUUGCUUCGACCGCCGCCGCCGUCAGAUGAUGAAGAGGAAGAGCUGGAAUGUGCGGAGAGUGCCGAGGAUGAGGAAGUGCCAGAGCUUGUGUCAUGUGAGUCAUUACCAAGCAAGCUAGAUAUGACGAAAUGGCAUGGAAUGGGCGUGCCAGAGCCAAUUAUGCGAGCUUUGGCGGAGCUGGGCUAUGAAGCGCCCACUCAAAUACAGGCCAUGACGCUGCCUGCGGCAAUUCAUGGCAAGAAGGAUAUUUUGGGUGCUGCGGAAACUGGAAGUGGCAAAACUCUCGCCUUUGGCAUACCCAUCCUCUCAGGCAUAAUGGAGCUGAAGCAACGCAAUGACGGCACUGGUAUACGAAAGGCGCCAAAGGUUAAAGGAGAUCGACCGGUAGAAGUGGCGCCGCCAUCAAAGGAUAAUCACGAGCUGACGCCGCCGCCAGAAGAGCUGGAUUACGUGUCCGGCGCUAGUGAUGAAGACAGCGACAAUGAGCAAGACCAACAGGGAAAACAACGUCCACUCUACGCUGUGGUGCUAACGCCCACCCGUGAAUUGGCUGUGCAGGUGAAAAACCAUUUAGUCAGUGCGGCUAAAUAUACUGGCAUUAAUGUCGCAGCCAUCUUUGGCGGCCUGUCUGUGGCCAAGCAGGAGCGCGUGUUGCGUCAAUGCCCCGAAAUUGUGGUUGCCACGCCGGGGCGACUCUGGGAAUUGUUUGCACAGGGCAAUAACCAUCUGAGCAAGAUUGAAAAUGUUAGUUUUCUGUGCAUUGAUGAGACCGAUCGCAUGGUGGAGAAGGGACAUUUCGAGGAGCUGCGAAGUCUGCUCAAAGUGCUUAAUGCAGAUGAGGAUCGCAAAAAGCUGCGACAAAACUUUGUCUUCUCUGCCACUUUAACGCUCGUCCAUGAUCUGCCCGAUCAUAUGCAAAAACGUAAUCUGGCCAAGCGACCCAAGUUCGUCAAGCAAACUGUAGAUCAAAAGAUUGAAAGCCUAAUUGAAGAGUUGGGCAUAUCGCAGCCCAAGAUUGUGGACAUCACCAACAGUCAGCAAACGGCUCAGACGCUCACCGAGAGUCGCUUGCUGUGUGCUAUCGAUGAGAAGGAUUACUAUUUGUACUAUUUUGUACAACGUCAUCCUGGUCGCACGAUUGUCUUCUGCAACUCUAUUGAUUGUGUCAAGCGUCUAGCCACGCUGUUCGGUUUGCUGGACUGCAAUCCCUUGCCACUGCACGCAAAUAUGAUUCAGAAACAGCGACUGAAAAAUUUGGAACGUUUCCGUGACAAUCCGAUUGGGUUGCUGAUUGCCACCGAUGUGGCUGCCCGUGGCUUAGAUAUACCCAAUGUUGAGCAUGUCAUACACUACCAGGUGCCACGCACCAGUGAGAAUUAUGUGCAUCGCUCAGGUCGCACAGCGCGUGCCAACAAACAUGGCAUAACCGUGAUGUUUAUGGAACCUGGCGAGGUGAAGACCUAUGUAAGGUUAUACAAGACGCUGGAAAGAACUGAGGAUUUACCCCUGUUUCCAAUCUCUGAACGUUUCUUGGGCUCUGUAAAGGAACGCGUUAACCUGGCCCGUGAGCUGGACAAAGAGGAAUUAAAGUUGCGACGCACUCAAAGCGAAGAGGGUUGGAUGAAAAAACAUGCUGAGGAAAUGGAUAUGAUCAUUGAUGGCUACAACGAUGAGUCUGGUAGCGACCAGGACGAAGAUGCGUUUGUCAUUGAAAGGAGGCGCAAUCGCUUGCAUGUGGACACAGUACGAGCACAACUUAGCGCACUAUUAUCACGGCCUAUUUUUCCCAAGGGAUUCAGCUUCAAAUAUCCCACCAGCACGGGUCAGCUGCCCUCGGGCACGGAUAUUGCCAGCAGUAAUUCCCGAAGCGCUGUGGAAACAAUGAAGGCAGCCAUCGAGGACAUGAAACUGGCCAAGCAGCAGCGCAACAAACGCAAACGCAAUGUGUAAAUAAAUAUAUGCUAGUUUAC